AUGAUAAAUUAGGAAUUGAACGAGAAAUAUUAAGACAUUAAUGAGGGAGAUAGUUAUGGAGAUGUUUCAUUAAUAGAAUAGUCAUAGAAAACAAAUCGAUAAUGGAUGAAAGUGUGUCAAAUCAAUGAAUCAACAAUUGGAUAAACUAUUUUAGUGAGAGCUAGGAUUCACAAUUCUAGAAUUAAAGGAAAAAUUGCUUUUUUAGUUCUCAGAGAGAAUUGGUAUACAAUCUAAGCUGUUUUAACGAAAGGAGAAAAAAUAAGUUCACAAAUGAUUAAAUAUACAGGAGCAAUCACUUUAGAGUCUAUUGUUGACAUAGAAGCUGUUGUUUUAUAACCAAAUUUUUAGAUCAAGUAUUGUACUUAAUAAGUGGAAUUACAUAUAUAAACUAUUAGAGUAAUAAGUAGAUCAAUUCCUAAAUUGCCAUUUCAAAUUGAAGAAGCUUCAAGAAAAAUUGUUGAUUAUUACUCUAAUUUGUAACAGUAAAAGUAGAAUGAAGAUAAAUAGGAAAACAAACAGUUAAUCUAAAGUCAAGAUUACCAAAUAUCUUAAAAUUAAAGAUUAAAUAAUAGGGUUCUUGACUUAAGAACUCCUGCUAAAUAGGCCAUUUUUCGAGUUAAAUCAGGAAUAGCUUUAUUAUUUAGAUAAUUCUUAAUAGAAAAGGGAUUUGUCGAGAUUCACACUCCAAAAUUAUUAGGAUUUAANAUAUCCAAUCUAUUAAUGAUCAACAAAAGCCAAAAAUAAGUGUUUGCUUUAAGGUUUUGA